GAACAUUAGCUAUUUGAUUAACAGCUAAUAUAAUUGCUGGUCAUUUAUUAAUUACUUUACUAAGUAAUACAAGUAAUAUUUUAAAUUCUUAUUUAUUAUUUUUAUUAAUUUUAAUUCAAAUUAUUCUUUUAACUUUAGAAAGAGCAGUAGCAGUAAUUCAAUCUUAUGUAAUUUCUAUUUUAAGAACAUUAUAUUCUAGAGAAACUAAUUAAUGUCAAAUAAUUUACAUAAUCAUCCUUACCAUUUAGUUGAUUAUAGUCCUUGACCUUUAACAGGAGCUAUCGGAACUAUAACUUUAGUCACAGGACUAGUAAAAUGAUUUCAUAAUUUUAAUUUUAAUUUAAUUUUACUAGGAUAUUUUAUUAUUAUCUUAACUAUAUUUCAAUGAUGACGUGACAUUUCACGAGAGGGAACAUUUCAAGGCAAACAUACUAUUUUAGUAUCCAAAGGUUUACGAUGAGGUAUAAUUUUAUUUAUUAUUUCUGAAUUUUUUUUUUUUUCAUUCUUUUUUUUUGCAUUUUUCCAUAGUAGUUUAUCUCCUAAUGUAGAAAUUGGAAUUUCAUGACCCCCUACAAGAAUUAUCCCAUUUAAUCCAUUUCAAAUUCCUUUAUUAAACACUAUUAUUCUAAUUACUUCAGGAUUAACAGUAACCUGAGCUCACCAUGCUAUUAUAAAUAAUAAUUUUAAUCAAACAACUCAAGGAUUAUUUUUUACUAUUAUUUUAGGUAUUUAUUUUUCUUUACUUCAAGCUUAUGAAUAUUUUGAAGCCCCUUUCUCUAUCUCAGAUAGAAUUUAUGGAUCAACAUUUUUUAUAGCAACAGGAUUCCAUGGACUUCAUGUUAUUAUUGGAACUAUUUUUCUUUCUAUUUGCUUAAUUCGACAUUUAAAUUUUCAUUUUUCUAGAAAUCAUCAUUUUGGGUUCGAAGCAGCAGCAUGAUAUUGACACUUUGUUGAUGUUAUUUGAUUAUUCUUAUAUAUUACUAUUUAUUGAUGAGGAAAUUAAUUA